CAAAAACAAACAAACAAACACAAAAAGAAAAUGCCAUGUUCGAGAGAAGAAGCUCUCGUUAGGCUCUUCCACAAUGCCUCAAGCCUUUUCCAACUCCUCUUCCUCUUCUCUUCUCUCUCCUUCAUUUUCCUUUUCAACUUCUUCCACUUUGUUGGUCGCAAUCCAAUAUUUCCAAGGAGCCAAAAUGGAUAUGACUACAACAUGUUUUCGGACGAGGAAGAAGAGGAAGAGGGAGAGGAAGAAGUACAGGAAAGAAGCUUUGACGACCAUUUGGUGGCAGACAUCAUUCGAGGAGGCGAAGCGUUGCUGUUCUUACCAAACGGCGUCGGUUUCGUUCAAAGCGAAACCGACCAAAAUCUCAGCUCGGAUCAGGAGUUCGUAAGCCCGCACGAGAGCGUCGCCGAAGAUGAUCCAAAUUACGCCACUGAACUCUUGUCCAUGCAUGACACUGACCUCAGCGACUCGGAAUCUGACUACAACGACGGUAAUCAUGAUCGCGAUGAUACCGUACUACAAGAAAUCCCGGCGAGAAGAGAUUCAGAUUCGCUUCACAAUAAUCGUGUCUCAAACAACGAAGGAUGGCCCACAUCGCCCAUCAUAACUAUAGACUUACGGAAUCAUGAUUUGGUCAUGGACGGUGAAAAAAUGAUCUGUGACGAAUAUGUUUAUGAUAAGAUUAACAGUGAGACCAAGAUGGACACAAAUUUCUCCGGGGAUGAGAAGUUUAUUAGUUUUGCUCCGACCCAGUUGGAGACAAAGAAGUUUCUAGCGAAAGAGAAAGACAUUAUUUAUCAUGAAGAAGAGGAAGUGUUUGGGGAUUCUUGUACGGUUGGAUCAACUUCUAAGAGCUCCUCUGAAUGGCGAAGCUCAAUUAAUUAUAGAGAUUCCGGGACUGAUCAAGAUCCAUUUUCUUCUUCAUCAAGGAGGAGUUGCCCCAAGUGGGAGUCUUACACUGUUUUUCAGAAAUAUGAUGAAGAAAUGAUGUUCCUAGAUAGAAUUAGUGCUCAAAAGCUCCAUGAAACAGAAUCGCUAAGAUCAAUAAAAGUCUCUCCAAGAUCAGUUUCGGAGAGGAUUGUCCACAAGUUCGCUACGGCGAACAAAACGCCAAAGGAGAUUCGGCGGAACCCUUAUCACGAAUUGGAGGCUGCUUAUGCGGCUCAAAUCUGCUUGACUUGGGAAGCUCUUAAUUGGAAUUACAAGAAGUUUCAACAGAAGAAAGCUUUACAUGGUGAUUUUGAACCUGGUUGUCCAGGCCAAAUUGCGCAGCAAUUUCAGCAGUUUCAAGUCCUUCUACAAAGGUACGUAGAGAAUGAGCCCUAUGAGCAGGGGAGAAGACCUGAAAUUUAUGCAAGGAUGAGACUUUUGGCACCAAAGUUGCUUCAAGUUCCCGAAUACCGAGAUUUAGAAGAUGAUCAAAGGGAAGACGGUUUGGGCUCAAGGAUUUCUUCACCUGAUUUUCUUAUCAUAAUGGAAGAUUGUAUCCAUACUUUCAUGAAUUUUCUCAAGGCUGAUAAGGAAAAUCCCUGCAAAUUUAUAUCAUCUUUGUUUAAAAGAAAACGAAGAGGUUCAGUAGAUCCAACACUUCUUCAUCUCAUGAAGAAAGUCAAUCAAAAAAAGAAGAUAAAGCUUAAAGAUCUUCGCCGGGCCCAAAAAUGCUUGAGAAGAAGAAAAUUGAAAUUGGAUGAUGGGAUGGAAAUAGUGAUGGGUUUAAUAGAUCUAAAGGUGGUUUCUAGGGUUUUGAGGAUGAAAGAGCUGAAUGAAGAACAAAUGCAUUGGUGUGAAGAAAAAAUGAGCAAAGUGAGAAUUUUGGAUGGGAAACUUCAAAGAGAUUCCUCGCCACUUUUUUUCCCUGCACACUGACCCACAAGAGAAUCUUGCUUGGCAAUGACUAGAUAUAUCAUGAAUGUUGCAAAAGCUCAUUGACUGCACAAAAAUGAAUAUCCUCAGGCCCUCUUUUGUAAAUAGAAUUAUCGAAGAAAAUUUGCGGAGUGGGGCCUACAAAUCAAAGUAAUUACAUGUGGGGGGUGACAUGGAUUUUGGGAGAUAGGGAAUCCAAUAUUAAAGAAUAGGAGGGGAAAAGAUGGUAUUGGUUGGUGUGUAAUGUGAUUCGUGAAUAUUGAAAGUGAAAGGACCGGAGACAAAGCAAAGAAUAGAUCAGGCAAUACCAACUUUAACUUUAAUUUUUACAGCUUUUUUUUUUUUUUUUUUCCUCUCUUUAAUUAGGGUUUAAUGUUUAUCUACGAGGAUGAGCUAGCAAGGCUGCUACACAUGCAUAAAUUAUGGAAUAAAAAGGUAGCACAUGGUACACUAAAGGGGUACGUACGUAGGAUAGAAUUAUAUAGGGCCCCACUUGGUUUCGGGGGGAAAAGGAGGAAAUAAGAUGCAGAAAUAAAUGU